AAGCAUUUCCGGGUGAAGCGAGCCGGAGACUUCCGCUCGCGGGGCGCGUGUUUCCUGCGGCGCGUGGUCCGUUCGCCCGCGUUCUUUUGCCACGCGCAUAAUCCCCCUCGCCUUUUCCCUGGGGAGCAGCGGCGCUCCCUGUUCUUGAUCCCGCCGCAGCGAUGCUGGUUUUGUUUGAGACGGCGGCUGGGUACGCCAUCUUCAAGGUUAUAGAUGAGAAAAAGCUUCAAGAAAUUGAUAACUUAUGGAAAGAGUUUGAAACACCUGAAAAAGCUAAUAAAGUCGUAAAACUGAAACACUUUGAGAAGUUUCAAGACACAACAGAAGCUCUUGCAGCAUCCACAGCACUGGUAGAAGGCAAAAUCAGCAAAAAUUUAAAGAAAAUCUUAAAGAAAAUAGUAGCCAAAGAUGCCCAUGAACAGCUAGCUGUAGCAGAUGCCAAACUGGGAGGUGUAAUCAAGGAGAAACUGAACUUAAGUUGCAUCCAUAGUCCAAUGGUUACCGAGCUGAUGAGGGGCAUUCGCACUCAAAUAGAAGGACUUAUCAGUGGCCUUCCAUCCCGGGAGAUGGCAGCUAUGUGUUUAGGACUGGCACACAGCCUCUCACGGUAUAAAUUGAAAUUCAGCCCAGACAAAGUUGAUACAAUGAUUAUCCAAGCAAUAUCUCUUCUUGAUGACUUGGACAAAGAAUUGAAUAACUAUAUUAUGCGUUGUAGAGAAUGGUAUGGGUGGCAUUUUCCUGAACUGGGCAAAAUCAUCACAGAUAAUCUAGCAUACUGUAAAUGUGUACAAAAAAUUGGAGACAGAAUAAACUUUUCCUCUUCUGAUCUGUCUGAGCUCCUUCCGGAGGAGGUGGAAGAAGAAGUGAAAGCGGCUGCAGAGAUCUCCAUGGGGACUGAAGUGUCAGAAGAAGAUAUAAGCAAUAUACAGCAUCUUUGUGAUCAGGUUAUUGAGAUCUCUGAGUAUCGAGCAACACUGUAUGACUAUCUGAAAAAUAGAAUGAUGGCCAUUGCACCUAACCUCACUGUUAUGGUGGGAGAACUAGUAGGAGCAAGGCUUAUUGCCCAUGCUGGUUCCCUGCUGAAUCUAGCGAAGCAUCCAGCAUCAACAGUUCAGAUUCUGGGAGCUGAGAAAGCACUUUUUAGAGCACUGAAGACUAAGCGUGACACUCCAAAGUUUGGUCUGAUUUAUCAUGCUUCCCUUGUAGGGCAAACAACAGCUAAAAAUAAAGGAAAGAUUUCACGUAUGCUAGCAGCCAAAACAGCUUUGACUAUUCGUUAUGAUGCCCUUGGAGAGAGCACAAGUGCUGAGAUGGGAGCCGAGAACAGAUUGAAAGUAGAAACAAGAUUACGGCACCUGGAGGAGAAAGGGAUAAGACGAAUAAGUGGUACGGGGAAAGCUGUGGCCCGCGCUGACAAAUACCAGCACAAGAGUGAAGUGAAGGUCUAUGAUCCUUCUGGGGAAUCUACGCUCCCCCUGGUCCCAAAGAAGCGCAAGGAACGAGAAGAGAAUGAAGAAGAACAGGCAGUUCCACAAAAGGCAAAGAAGGCUAAACUAGAAAUCAAAGAAGAGGAACAGAAUGAGGAUGAGCAAGUUGAACAAGAGGAGGAAUAUGUUAAAGAGAAGAAAAAGAAAAAGAAAAAACAGAAAACUCAAGAAACGUCUGUUUGGGUAGAAGACAAUGCAGAGGAGCCAUCGACCAGUAUGGUGGUGGAGAAUACAGAAAAGAAGAAAAAGAAAAAGAAGAAAAUUAAAGAAGAGCCAGAAGAUUAAGAACAGGGAGUUUUCUCGGAUGGUUUGGCUCACAUUUGGACUUCGGGGACAUUAAUUUUUGAACUAGAUUUUUGUCUAAUUAAGAUCAAGAAACUGUAUAUUUUCCUUCAAUAUUUUGUUUUUAAAGCUGAUCUUAGUUUUAACAUUGACCUGUUAAAUGGUUAUAGUUUUGCUUCAGUAACACUAUAAAUUGUUGCGAAAUUGGUUAUCAAAAAAGUAGUAUGAUUGCUUGAAAUGAGUAACAAUGUGUGUCCCUUUUCAAACAAAACCCCUUACUGGGAUGAAUUGGAUUACUAUCAAUUUAAUUUUAUGAAGAGAAUUUUCAAAGAUCUUUUCUUGCAACAGCAUUUAGCAGAUAGGGUGCAGCAUGGUUCUAUUAUAGAACAGGCUGUAUGCAAAACAAUGCAUACAGACUAGUUUUAUUGAAUAGAUACAAAUAAUGGCCUUGUAAAUUUUUAGCAGAAAAUGAACUAUGCCCAAUUGAUACAGAGAAACAGCUAGCAUUUUUUUUAAAGUGCAAUUAGCACUACUCUGUUAAAUCCCUUUACAGGUAGUCCUUGGGUUAUGAUGGAAAUUGGAACCAUAAUUGUGGUCAUAAAGCAUGAUGUCUGACUUACCAGAUCAACUUACAACCUGACCCCUCUCCCCCACCCCAGCUUCCCCGUUGAUUUUGCUUGUGUGAAUCCAGCAGGGAAGAUUGCAAAUGACUAUAACCUUGAUAAGUGCGAACUCAUUGUCAAGCAUCCAAAUUGUGAUUGUGUGACAGGUGCAAUAGUUGAAACUUCAAUGAGUGGGAUAUAAGUCCCCCUUGUUCAUCACCAUCACAGCUUCAGAUGGUAGCUGUGUCAGUCUUUGGUAAGCAAGAAACCAAGUUGUUUCCUUUCGCUCUUUGAACUGGUGGCUGAGAAGCAGGAACCAGCCCAAGCUCACCUGAACUGCUGCGCCCCUGAUUUCCCUGACCUUCAGGAGCAGCAAGAAAGGGCCAGCAGAAAAAGAGGCAAUAUUAGGGGAAUUAAAAAGUUCUCUGCAAGAAGAAACUUCCGGGUCCUAGUGGAAACCACAAAUUUUAUAGGACAACUUUAGCAUGAAAAGGACAUGGGAAGAUAGUGACAGGUAUCCCUGAAUAAAACUGAUAUGACAGCUUUGAUAUUUCACCAAAUGGCAUUUAUGAUAGAGUACUGUUUGUGUUUUCCCAACCAGGCACCCCUUUUGAAAUCUUAUAUCCAAUGCUUUCUUUGCCAUGUCCCAAAAGAUACUGAUUAUAACAGUGGUUCUCAACCUUUAUAGUGCUGCGACCCCUUUAAUACAAUUACCCACGAUGUGGCGACCCCAACCAUAAAAUUAUUUUCGUUUUGAAUUUAUCGCGCCUGAAGCCGUAUUGGCUAGAGAUCUGAACUGCUUGCGAUUGCCAUGAGGCCGGAGGCAUUAAAACGGAGACUCCUCCCCUGUUAAGUUUAUCGCGCCUGAAGCCAGAUUAGGCUAGCGAUUGGGAGUGAUUGCAGCUGGCUUGAGAGGGAGACAUCAGAGCAAAGAUUUCUCUCUUUUUUAAUUCAUUGCACCUGAAGCCGAAUUUGGCUAGCGAUUUGAAGAGCCUGCAGCUGGCUUGUGGAGUCAACCAUUGGAGCGCGAUUCUUCGACUCGCAAGUAUACUUCCCAUAUUUCCGAUGGUGUUAGGCGACCCCUGGCAAAUCGUCAUUCGACCCCCAAUGGGGGUCGCAACCCACAGGUUGAGAACCGCUGGAUUAUAAAGAGAAGAAAAUUGGUCUAUAUGUCUGUUUCUUCUUGAGUCAAAACGGUAGGCUGCAUUUUUAUCAGGGAUAUAUUUUGAAAUGACCGAAAAGCUGAUAUUUUGGCUGGGCCUACAGAAUAUUGUAGUCAAAGAUUUAUCUGGAAUGGAUAUGCUGAAAGAUUGGUAGCUUUCACUUCCUUGACUUAAAAUUGUUCCAAGUGUGGCUGGAAAAUAAGCAUGAAAUACUGCAUAUUUGAAGUCUGCAUAUUCAAAGAACACAUUUCUGCUUGAACUAUUCCAAGGAGUGAGUCUUGGCAUUACUUUUGGAUCAUGAAGAAAACAGAUGGAAAAAUUCAGUUAGUGAUCUUUUCAGCCUUUGCCUCGCUUCCUUUCCCUUCUGCUAAUAGUAUGCGGCACUAUCUUAGAAACAUGCAUGGAAGAAUUUUGCAACUUUGGCCAGGAUGUUAUUGUUGUUGAUAGCUAAACUAGUGUCAAAAUGAUCGUAAGUUUGUAUGUUGGAAAUGCUCUGUUGAUUGUUGCAUUAUUAAAGCAACAAUCUACUAUUAAGGAUGGUGCACAUUUAUCAAGUGCCCCAAUCCUAAACCAAUAGUAUUUUCUGUUUGGGGGUGGGAAAUGAUUAAACCCACCUUUAAAAAAAGUUUGACAGACUGAUGGAGACUACAGCUAUCUGUGAGGAACACAUGCUGCCUUCAGAUUCAGAAGCUGCAUCUAGUAAAAGAAUAGAUGAGUGGCUUCUUUACGUCAACACCUGUCUGUUUCCUAACGACAUAUGGCUGGUUGGCUGCUAUGGAAAGUGGUUGCUUAGCUGGAUAGGCUGUGAUUCACUCUCCUUUUCUCUUCUGAAUUGAUGGGGGGUGGGGAAACUAUCAAGCUGCUAUUUUUCUUGAUAGAACCAAAUGAAUCCCCCUUUUUAAAGCAACAAAUUAUUCUCUGAAAUUGCUUCCUUGUGGAAGCUUGGUGGGAUGGAGCAGGGAUCACAUACUAUUUGGAGAGAGAGAACAACAUUUCAGAUUAAUUAUAAACAUGAGAAAGCUGUUGCAGCCAAGUGUUCAUGUUCUAUUCUAAAGGCUAUAAUUGCACAUUUUCUCUAAAACUAUGCUCAGUGCAGGAGCUGGGUUAUAUUUAAAAAUGCAGUGUAAGCAUGGAUUGCACAUUAAAACCAUAAGUAAAGCAGUUGUUGCUCCAGGGCACAGAUAGUUCUACUUACGCUCUGAACACAUGUACUCGGGUGGGAAAAUAAUAUUGGGAACUACAGGAGACAAAUGUUAUUCUUCCUUGUGAAAAAUUGGGGGAAAAAACAAGAGGCUUCUCUAUAAAAUACUUUCAGGCAUAUGGUUGGAUGUGUUCAAUAACCAUGGUUAUAAACAAUUAGCUAUGCAUGUUCUACCUAGGUAUCUGCUUUUUUUUAAAAUGCCUGGUAAAAUAUAUUGAUAGAAUGCCACAUAGAUUUUAAAAUUUAGUGGAGGAUUUUAUAACAUCAUUUUUAAAAUUCUAAUUGGUCCUGUGUGAGGCAGUAUAAGUCAAGUGAUGUCACCAUUUUUUUUUUCUAUCAGUUAGAAUCAUCUUGUUCUCCAUCCAAUUAUAUUGAGGUCCUGAAUUAUAUUAUGGAGCAAAGCUUUUGCAGCAAACUUACCUAGACUAGCUCUUCAAGCUCCUGCCCCAUAUUGCUUGCAGAAAAUAUUUCCCCAUGGAUUAGAAUGGGAUAGAGAAUUUUCUCAGAAGGUUGGGAGUUAUGUUUUUCUCCCCGGAAGAGGAAAUGUGUCAAAAAAUAAAGAGAUGUAUAACAUAGGUAAGUGCUAAUUACAUCUAAUUACAUAGGAGCACCGGACUAAAACAGGGAGAGUGAGUUCUAGUUCUGUCUUCAGCAUGGAGCCAGUUGGCUGACUUUGGGCCAGCCAUUCUUGGCAUUAGGCAGGGGCAACUCUUUUGUGAAAAAUAUUGCUAAGAAAAUGUACAGAUGCCCAGAGUUGAGGGUGUUUGUAAAUUACCGGUGAAAAAAAAUACGUCUUGGCUCUUGCCAGUGGACUAGUGUGACUGCUUUGUUUUCUAGCUACAAUAGCAAUUUUAUCUUAUUUAUUCGUAUCCUACCUUUAUUAUUUGUACAAAUAACUCAAGGCAGUGAACAUAUCCAACACACCACCACCUAUUUUUGUCACAACAACCUUGUGAGGUGAGUUGGGUCGAGAGAAAGGGAGUGGCCCAAGAUCACCUAGCUUAUGGUUUGUCUUUAAAACAGGUCAGACAGUACUUCAGUUAUUUGUAAAAUUGACACAUACUGUAGAGGUUAGUCAUAUUUAUCUUCCUUGUUUGGGUGUCUACCUGAGAAAGGGAGAGGCCAGGCACUGUGUCAAUUGAGCAGGGAGCACUUAGUUCUGUAACAAAAAUAUUAAAAUAUUUGUAGGGAAAAAAUCCCAAAAUAAUAGGUGUUUAUGCAGAUUGCAACACAAAAG